UAAAAUAAAUAUCCUUAAUUACAUUAUUUGUAAUUAUUUCGUAAAUCUUUACCCGAUUUCCCCUUAUUGUAAUCAUCUUCAAAAGGAAAUAGAAAUAAUAAUAUACAUUAUUGCACACUACAUGUGACACUUAUUACAAUAAUAAAGCGUGUAGAAAGGCGGCUUUAUAGCUAAACAGUAAUCACUUCCAGUCAAACUAUUAAUAUGAAUAAUUUGAAAUAGAAACAGAGACAGCUCUAGCUUUUGUUUCAGAAAACUUACAAAAAUAUAAUUAAUUACCAUGUAAAACAUGGUUAAGUUUACUCUGACAUUUGCUAAGAUAUUUUUUUGGUUCUUUUAAGCUGUUAAAUGGCUACAUGGCUGUAGACAAGCACGUAAUACUGCUGCUAUGAUGAAUCAAGUAAUUUAAGACUAUAGAAUAUUGCUCUAAACGACCCCGGCGCGGCUUGGCCUGUGUGAGUGUGACGAAUAAUAUCCUGUCUGGUUUGCGCGCGCAUUUCACGGGUCCUAGUGUUCGGUAAAAACCGGAGUUCUUCGGUCGGACGCUCCUUGUUGAAAUGGCGAGGAAGGAGAGGCGUAUAAUGUAGCUAUCCUUGUUAGCUGCUCGGGUGUCAUUGGCCGUUUAUAUCGUAGUAGGUAUUACUCACUUCGCGUCUGUACUACGGGCGAGUCGGUUGCUGCCGCUCGCUAUUUCGCGCGUGUUGUGUUGUAUGUGUUAGUGGGCGCUCCGCUGAGCCACCUCCUCGAUCUUCGCAGAUUCGGGCUGAGCCCAGCCGCAUAGCGGCCCUGUUGGAUUUUCUUAUUGUUCGUCUACUGGUGGAGAUUUUAGUUUGUGUUGUAAAAGUGAGUAAAGUGAUCAUUGGUGCAGUGCUUAGUGCUGAAAACAACAUGGCGCAACUCAUCUUGCUAGCUCUCAUGGCACUGUCCGCUCUAGGAUCAGUGUCAUGCGAGGACGAAACUAUAGGCCCGAUAUUCAUAAAGGAACCCCCAAAUCGAGUGGACUUCAGCAAUACGACAGGUGCUGUUGUGGAAUGCGCGGCGAGAGGCUCCCCCGUGCCCGACGUUAUCUGGGUGCGAUCCGAUGGAACUGCUAUCGGAGAUGUCCCCGGAUUGAGACAAGUGUUACCGAAUGGAAAUCUAGUGUUUCCUCCAUUCCGAGCGGAAGAUUAUCGACAGGAAGUACAUGCUCAGGUUUACGCUUGUUUGGCUCGAAACCCCGUCGGUACUAUUCACUCUAGAGAUGUCAACGUACGAGCUGUCGUAUCGCAGUAUUACGUGACCGAAGCCGAAAACGAGUAUGUUAUUAGAGGGAACGCUGCUAUUGUUCGAUGCAAGAUUCCAUCUUUUGUUAGCGACUUUGUAAACGUGGAAUCCUGGUUAAUGGACGAUGGGCAAAUACUUACGAUAAAUAACACGAAUGCUGCAGAGGACGGAAAAUACUUAGUACUACCAUCAGGAGAAUUGCACAUUAGAGAUGUUGGACCAGAAGACGGUUAUAAAUCAUACCAAUGCAGAACAAAACAUAGACUUACUGGUGAAACUCGAUUAUCUGCCACCAAAGGACGUCUAGUCAUCACUGAACCCAUGGGUAGUGCUGCUCCAAAAGUAGCAACAAAAGUGAUUGAUAUUACAGAAGUAUUACUAAAUCGCACAAUAACGGUACUGUGCCCAGCCCAAGCAUACCCUGUUCCAAAAUUCAGAUGGUAUAAAUUCGUAGACGGUACUACAAGAAAACAACCAGUCACACUCAAUGAUAGAGUAAAGCAAGUAUCUGGUACUUUGAUUAUCAAGGAGGCUAAAGUCGAAGACUCUGGAAAAUACUUGUGCGUCGUUAACAAUUCCGUUGGAGGUGAAUCUGUAGAGACUGUUUUGACGGUUACUGCUCCUUUAAAAUCAACAGUAGAACCUGCUACUCAAACUGUAGACUUUGGUAGACCGGCUGUUUUUACGUGCAGAUUUGAAGGAAAUCCAAUCAAAACUCUCACUUGGUUGAAAGACGGCAAGGAUAUGAAUCACCAUGAUGCUGUAUUGAGGAUCGAAUCUGUAAAAAAGGAAGACAAGGGAAUGUACCAAUGCUUUAUCCGUAAUGAUCAAGAGAGCGCUGGUGCUAGUGCAGAACUCAAGCUUGGAGGACGAUUUGAACCACCACUGAUUCGCCACAGCUUUGGGGAGCAAACACUCCGUUCCGGUCCAUCUCUGCGUCUCAAAUGUGUCGCAUCAGGCAACCCCACGCCCGAUAUCGCCUGGCUAUUGGACGGCGAGAAGCUCAGCAGCGGCGAGCGACUCCAGAUCGGACAGUUCGUCACAGCUGAUGGGAACGUCGAAUCACACUUGAACAUUUCUUCGGUGCACACCAAUGACGGCGGAUUGUACUCUUGCAUCGCUUCUAGCAAGGUCGGCAGCGCAUCUCACUCGGCCCGCGUCAACGUAUACGGUCUACCGUACAUCCGCCCCAUGAAGAAACGUCCCGUGGUCGCCGGAGAUACCCUUAUCGCCCACUGCCCCGUGGCCGGAUACCCCAUCGACUCUAUCGUAUGGGAACGAGAUGGAAGAGUACUGCCAAUCAACCGUAAACAGAAAGUUUUCCCCAACGGUACCCUUGUGAUCGAGAAUGUGGAGCGUAUGAGCGAUCAAGCCACAUACACUUGCGUCGCCAAGAACUCUCAAGGGUACAGCGUUAGAGGAAAUCUCGAACUCCAGGUCAUGGUUCCACCAUUGAUUGUGCCGUUCAAUUUCGGUGAGACACCAUCCAAUCCCGGCGAUGCUGUGGUUGUAAACUGCGUCGCAACAAAGGGAGACCUGCCCCUAGACAUAUCGUGGACGUUCAGCAGUGAAACUAUUGACUCGAGUCAACACCGUGACAUCACGACGAUGCAGCUAGGCCCACGCGCAUCGGCGCUAUCUAUCAACUCUGUGAGCGCAAAUCAUCAGGGCAACUACACGUGCAUCGUUCAAAACGCGGCCGCCCGCGCAGAGUAUGCAGCAACGCUCGUCGUCAAUGUGCCCCCCCGUUGGAUUCUGGAACCCACUGAUAAAGCUUUUGCUCAAGGCUCAGAUGCCAAAGUGGAAUGUAAGGCCGAUGGCUUCCCCAAGCCUCAAGUCACAUGGAAAAGGGCUGAAGGGGAUACGCCUGGCGAUUACAAAGACUUAAAACCAAAUAAUCCUAAUGUUAAAGUUGAGGAUGGUACACUCACGAUUGCUAAUAUUCAAAAGACGAACGAAGGUUAUUAUUUAUGUGAAGCUGUUAAUGGAAUUGGCUCUGGAUUAUCAGCCGUCAUUUUGAUCAGUGUACAGGCUCCACCCCAAUUCGAAAUUAAAAUGAGGAAUCAAACUGCUCGCCGAAGUGAACCAGCUGUUUUGCAAUGCCAGGCUAAAGGAGAAAAGCCAAUUGGUAUUAUAUGGAACAUGAAUAACAAGCGCCUUGAGCCCAAAUCUGACCCACGGUACACGAUCCGCGAAGAAAUUCUGCCUGGAGGUGUUAUUUCUGACCUGAGCAUCAGAAGAACCGAACGAUCUGACAGUGCACUUUUCACCUGUGUUGCUACCAAUGCUUUCGGAUCAGAUGACACUUCGAUUAACAUGAUUAUUCAAGAGGUUCCCGAGGCACCAUAUGGCUUGAAGGUUUUGGAUAAAUCUGGAAGAACCGUUCAGCUUUCUUGGGCCGCACCUUACGAUGGAAACUCGCCGAUCAAGAAGUUCCUUAUUGAAUACAAACGCGCAAAAGGCAACUGGGACAAAGAUAUUGACCGAGUUCUCGUUCCUGGUGACGCUACGGAAGCCGGAGUGUUCAGCCUGAGACCUGCAACAGCUUAUCACAUUAGGAUUGUUGCUGAAAAUGAAUUAGGCACUUCUGAACCUUCCGAAACAGUCACUAUUAUUACCGCUGAAGAAGCCCCAACCGGUCCACCUCAAGACGUUAAAGUAGACGCUAUUGAUAAACAUGCUCUAAGAGUUACCUGGAAACCUCCCCCACCUCAUGACUGGAACGGUGAACUCCAAGGAUAUUAUGUUGGUUACAAGCUUGCGUCGAGCAACAAAUCAUUUGUAUUCGAAACUGUUGACAUCUCCAAGGAAUCUGGCAAGGAGCACCACCUAGACAUUCUCAAUCUCAAGACUUACACCCAAUAUGCCGUCGUCGUUCAAGCUUUCAAUAAGAUAGGAUCAGGGCCAGUGUCAGCUGAAGUUCGUGCUUAUACCGCCGAAGGCGCUCCUUCUGCCCCACCACAAGAUGUUCUCUGCACCACUCUUACUGCGCAAACUAUUCGCGUAUCCUGGAUUUCCCCACCUCUUGCUGCAGCCAAUGGACUUAUCAAAGCCUACAAAGUGAUUUACGGACCCAGCGAAACUUGGUAUGACGAAAAGACCAAAGACACCAAAAUCACGGCUAGCAGUGAGACGAUCUUACACGGCCUGAAGAAAUACACGAACUACUCAAUGGAAGUGCUUGCUACCACAAAUGGAGGAGAUGGGGUACGAUCUACACCUAUCCACUGCCAGACCGAACAAGACGUCCCGGAAGCCCCGCGUGCCGUUAAAGCUUUAGUUAUGGGCCAAGACUCGAUCCUUGUUUCAUGGAGGCCGCCGGCGCAACCCAAUGGUGUGGUGACACACUACAAUGUCUAUACACAAGCACAAAAUGCAGAACCUCGCCCCAACAAGGUGCCUGCAUCUCAAACAAGCUAUUCCGCAACAGAACUGAAACCAGGUCGCUAUGAUUUCUGGGUAACCGCGUCCACCAUCAUCGGGGAAGGUCAACCUUCAGCCACCGCUUCUUGCAGUCCUAGCGAUAAAGUUCCUGCUAAAAUUGCUUCUUUCGACGAAUCGUUCACUGCCACAUACAAGGAAGACGUUAAAUUGCCCUGCCUCGCUGUCGGCGUUCCGUCUCCCAACAUCAUUUGGAAGGUGAAAGGUCAGCCGCUAGCACCUUCGGAACGCGUCCGCCAGUUGCCCGAAGGAUCGCUGCAGAUCGCGGGCGUGGCUCGCGACGACGCCGGCGAAUAUUCCUGCCACGUAGACAACCAGUUCGGCACUGACACCGUCACUCACACUCUCUCCGUUCUCGCUCCGCCGUUCCCGCCUCAGUUGACAGUCGCUUCUUCGUCCGUAUCGUCUCUAACCAUCCGCUUGAAGCCAUCCGUGGAUGCCGACCAAUCUCCCGCUGUCGGAUACACUAUCCAUUACAAACAGGAAUUCGGCGACUGGGAGACGGUUCAAAUUCCAAGCAGCACUGAAACCUACACUCUGGAGAAUUUAGUUUGCGGCACCAGAUAUCAACUUUACGUAACGGCUUACAACAGCAUCGGCACCGGCGAAGCUUCGGAUAUGGUAGGUGCCCGCACGCGGGGCUCGAAGCCGCCCGUGCCGCGCGCCGCCGACUUCAUCGAGGUCGCCAGCACCUCUGUUACGCUGCACUUCAAACAGUGGCUCGACGGCGGCUGCUCCAUGAGCCACUUCGUCGUGGAGAACAAGAAGAAGGGCGCGGUGGAAUGGAAUCAGAUUUCUAACAACGUAAAACCAGCCAGCAACUUCGUUGUUCUUGAUCUGGAACCAGCGACUUGGUAUGUUUUGAGAAUCACGGCCCACAACAAUGCAGGAUUUAAUGUCGCAGAAUAUGAAGUUGCAACCCUGACCGUCACUGGUGGCACCAUCGCCCCGUUGCCUGGCAACGCGGACGACGACAAAGAACUCCCACCGUGGGUGAGGGCGUGGCUCGAACCGGAAGUGCUCGUACCGAUAUUGGCGACGAUAGUGGUCUUCAUAGUUGGUGUGGUGGUCAUCUGUCUCACUCUAGCGAGGAGGAAUACGCCUCACCGGCUGCGAGGUCAGAAGGACCAGUACUACGACGCUGUAUACAACGCAUCUCAAGCCGCAUUAGGAGGAGGCGGCGGAACUCUGGACAAGCGAGGCGGUCUACGCGACGAACUGGGAUACAUCGCACCGCCCAACAGGAAACUACCCCCCGUGCCCGGAUCUAACUACAACACUUGCGAUAGAGUCAAGCGACAAGCCGUUAUCAUGGGCGCGCACUCAACGUGGGACCCGCGCCGGCACCACUACGAGCGCGUGCGCCGCCCGCGUAUGCGCCGCGCCGGCUCCGGCGACACCGUCUCCAUAGGCAUGGAGGACGAGAUCUGCCCUUACGCCACGUUCCACCUGCUGGGCUUCCGCGAGGAGAUGGACCCCAGCAAGGCGCUCGCGUUCCCCCACCACCACGCCGCGCACGCGGGCACGCUCGCGCACCCUCAUCCCCACCACCCGGCGCACUCCCGCGCCGGCUCGCAGAGUAUGCCUCGCGCUAACAGCCGCUACGCUCGCAAGAAUUCGCAGGGAGGACAAAGCGCCAUCUACUCCACCGCCCCCGAAUACGACGACCCGGCCACCUGCGCUGAAGAGGAUCAAUACCGCGCCCGCUAUUCCCGGCCAAUGUACGCGUGCGGUCCCGAGUACGACGAGCCCGCGUGCUGCGCGCCCGAGGACGAACAAUACGCCGGCGCGUACGGCACCCCUUACUCUGACCACUACGGAUCCCGCCCCAGCAUCGGAACACGUAAAUGCGGAUCCCCCGAGCCUCCUCCGCCGCCGCCACGUAACGCGAACAACGACAACAACUGCUCAUCCUCAUUCAACGAGAGCAAGGACUCCAACGAAAUCUCCGAAGCCGAAUGCGACCAACCCCGCAACUAUCCCGUAAGGGCCCACACUGCCAAGGACGGCUUGCACAGCGAGGAAAUGAGGAAACUCAUUGACAGACCAGAAGCAGCCACCCCAAUCCCCCAGCAAGCAGUCCACGGGCGGGGACUCACAGCCUACGAUACUGUGGCAGUGUAACCUGUAAACGCGACGCGACCGCGCAGCGACUCUCAUUUCUAACUCUCCUUUAUAAUACUUAUUAUUCUUACGGAACGACACUGUCUUGCUGAACCGACCUCGAGCUCAAAUUUCAUUUACUCAUUAGCAUUUAAUUUGCGCGUUCCAUUACGUUUUAUUCGCUGCUUUGAAACACGUUGCGCUCAGCAAGCCAGUGCACCUGCAGUGCCAAAAUACCAUUUCUGUUUUUGUCUCGUUUGUAUUAAUCGUGUGUCGCAUUUUGCGUUGUUGUUUCAUUUCAAAUUUAUCCCAACUUAGUUGUCUGGAUUUCUUUUCUUCUUCUUUGUAGGUAUAAAACGCGCACAUUUGUGCCAUAAGAAAAUUAGUCCUCGAUGCGGGCUCUACUCGUCUGUAGUAAACUUGCAGAAGUGGCUCGUACGCUAGCGCCAAACCCCCUAUUCCAGUAAUCAAGAUACGUCACAAUUUAGUGUUACCAUGUAAAAUCGGAAAAUUUAUGGUUGUGGUAGUUAUUGCAAAUUGAUAUACAUAUAUUUGCUUUAUAGUUGAUGUGGCGUAUUCCUUUCCAAUGUGUCCACGCGGGCUAACUUCAGCACAUUUACUACGGACCUCUGGCUAUUCAGCUCAGUACAUAGUCAACCUUAGUUUGAUCUUAUUUGUUCAGCUUAAUUUAACGAGUCGCUGGUACUUGGGGUGAUUAUGUGUCUAUUUAAAUUAAGCUCAACAUGUAAUAAUGUGAUAUUUUGUAUUUUUAUCCCAUUUUUAUUUGUAUUUGAUAUACUAACAUAAAUGUUAUUUAUAUUUUGUGUACUUGUAGGAUGAUAACUUUUAUAAAAUCCAAACAACCGAUUGGUUGUUAAGAUGCUUCCUUUUUUUAAGCUGAUGUUGUAGUUUUCAUUAUGCUUAUGUUAAUUGGCCUUAAUUUUUAUCUUAUUAAUAGUUUCGAUUUGCGUUUACGCAUUAACUACAUAGGAAUAAGACUAGAUAUAAGAUUCAUUUUAGAGAUUAUGAUUAAUCAAUUCUUAAAACACUUAAUACAACCUACUAUAUAACCCGUAGCUAGUUAGUAACGUAUGUGUUACUUGAUAUUAUAUAUUAAUUAUAUAUAAAAUUGAAUGUAAUCAAUGUUAGGUACACUAUACACAAAAUUAUAACCGUACCAUGAAAACAAAGUUACCUGAAAAUGUUGAUAUUGGUCAACCGAAACUCUGUUGAAAUCAAUUAAACAAAACUACAGACAUGGAAUUAUGCUUUUUAAAUAUGUACUCUAGGAUAAUAAGGUGCAUUUUUAUUAAUCAUUAUCGUAAUUUUACCCUUCUAUAGUAAUAAUAUUAUGCAAACGAUUAGAUGUAAGACACGGGCGUGUCGUUUUCUAGAUGUUUCCAUUAUAUGUUGUGCAUCGUCGUGUAAGCUUUGCAAGUAGGCUUGUAGUUAGGUUCUCGCGACUUCCUAGCAACAGAUAUCUUCUCUUAACCUUCCAAUUAGAAAAUUCGGAUUAAAUUAGAUAAAAUUAAUGAACAAAUUAAAAUAGUCGAAAUUAUAAUGUGGUAGCUAAUCAACGGAAAAUCUAUGAAGAUAUUUUACCAAGAGCUGAAUUAUAAAAUGAAUUUUAAAAUAAGAAUUUGAUGAUUUUUGCUUAAUUAAGAUGCGUUUGAUUUGCCAAUAUAAUUAUUGUGAAAGUGUCAAGAUAAUUUCUCACAUUUUAUUAAGCGUUAGGUCAUUGCUAACACAGCUAACUGUUUGUACCAAAGCGAUUGAUUUGUGUUGAAUAAAAUAUUCAAACGUCAACUAAGAGAAUAA